CUCCAUUUACUCAUUGAUUUGGUUGUCAAUGUCUGGUCACUUUAUACAAACUUGUCCUACAGUAAACCGGAAAGAACACUGCCAAAGUUAAAAGUUUACUUGUUACCAUUGCUCCAACAUGUUGGAAAUGAUUAACGAACCCAUUCCCGAGGUGGACAUGCUCAGUGUGUCCAAAAAUGCAGAGGUGCAGCGCCGCGCCAUCUUGGGCUUUGCUCCCCGAAUCGGCUUGACCACCGUGGACUACGGUGAGCUCGACAGGAUCGACGACUUCUAUCUAGAGUGCCAGAAGUACCGCGACUUCUACCGUGAUCCUCACAACAAACUGCACAAGCCGCCGCGCUUCCGCCUUCACCAAGGAAAAUGUGCCAUCAAGCUGGACCACAGCGUCGAGGAGCUGACCCGGCCUAUCCUAUGGACCACGGAGAAGCAGCCAGUAGUCUAUCCCUUGUCGGGGGACACUUCCAUGAAUCUGGGCAUACCAAUUCCGCCCAUGAUAAGAGGGACCUACGACAGGUCGAGCUCCAUAGCCUUCAAGCGGUAGACAGGAGAGCUGAAGGCUCGUUUCCCUUAAGUCCCUUGGUCGUUUCCCUUAAGUCCCUUGGGCCAGUUAUCAGAGUGCUCAGCAACUAAGCACUUUGCGUUCUAAAUUAUUAUGUAAUCUUGUGAUUAAAGAUAUAAUUCUUUUAUA